ACACCGCCUAUGAAACUCCUCAAACAAACAAGUCCUAACCGUAUUAACCAACAUUGUCCCGCCGCCCGCGUUAUGCUAACCCUAGCAUCAUUACAAUUUUUUUUUUUUUUUUUUGAAAAGACAACUUUCUAUUUAUCCCCAAAAACACGUUUGGAAGAUUCUCAAAGUUCAAAGUUCAAAGUUGAAGAGUUGAUCAACAUAGUCUAUGUAGACUAAAUAAACACACACAUUUUAAUAUAUAUCUACAUACCUUCCAUAUAAACAGCCCGCAAUACAUAUAUACCUCCUCCUCCUCCUCCUCCUCCUUGCUCUUUAUAUCUAUUAUAUAUGAAAACAACAAUUCUUGACCCAUGUCUCCAUCUCAUGCCUUCUCUCCCCUUCAAAUUCCAAUCCUGAAAAAAAGUUUUUGCAAAAUGUUUGAUUACAGGAGACUCAUCCUUUCCAAAUUUUCCAUCUUCUCCACCAUCUCCUUUGCCGCCGUCUUCUUCAUCAUCAUAAUCGCCGGCAGUUUCAUCUUCAACGUUUCACUCCAUUCAGUUGUUGCCAAAACUAAAUACACUCACCAACAACUGCAGAGUCAUAUCAAACCCUCACAAUUCAUCCCAUCUUCAAUACACCAUCUUUUACUUUCGGUUAAAGAAGAUGUUAAUGUAACAUAUGUUGAAGAUCAUACCCAUUUGGCGAUUCCAUUGAAUGUCACCAAUCAAGAAAGAAUUGCUUGGUUGAAGAGAAAAUUGCCACAGUUCGAGCUAUUCAAGAAAACCAGAUUAACAGGGCAAUUUGACAGCAGAGUACAGGAAUUUAUUGGUAAAGGGUGCGAGGUUCAGUUCUUCAUGACAUGGAUAUCUCCGGCGAGGUCAUUCAGGGAAAGAGAGUUUCUUUCCAUGGAGAGUCUUUUCAAAUCACACCCUAAUGGAUGCUUGAUGAUCAUAUCAAGAACUAUGGACUCUGCAUAUGGGUAUAGGAUCUUGGAACCCCUUCUUGACCGCGGAUUCAGGGUUCUUGCAGUCACGCCGGACUUGUCAUUUCUGUUCAAGAACACUCCGGCUGAGGUGUGGUUCGACGACAUCAAGAGCGGGAACAAGGACCCCGGUGAAAUUCCAUUGGCACAGAACCUAUCCAACCUCAUCAGACUUGCAGUUCUCUACAAGUAUGGAGGAGUUUACUUGGACACAGAUUUUAUAGUUUUGAAAGAUUUUUCAGGUUUGAGGAAUUCGAUUGGAGCGCAAAGCGUGGAUGUGUCCGGUAACUGGACAAGAUUAAACAACGCAGUGUUGAUUUUUGACAAGAAUCAUCCACUUUUGUAUGAAUUCAUUGAGGAAUUUGCCUCCACUUUUGAUGGAAGUAAAUGGGGACACAAUGGACCAUAUUUGGUUUCUAGAGUGGUUGAAAGAGUGGCAAAAAGGCCUGAAUACAACCUCACAGUCUUGCCACGGAUGGCAUUUUAUCCGGUUAGUUGGAGUCGGAUGGCUGGUUUGUUCAUAAAACCGGCUAAUCGGAUUCAAUCAAAGUGGGUGGAAGCCAAGCUGCGUCAGUUAGGUGAAGAAACAUAUGGCAUUCACCUAUGGAACAGAGAGAGUAGCAGAUUGAGAAUCGAAGAAGGAAGCAUCAUCGGCAGAUUAAUCUCGGCUCACUGUGUCAUUUGCCAUAACAUCUAUAGUUCUUGAAGAAACCCCCCAUCAACCCCUUAGCUGAAUGGCAAAGCUUCUUCAGCUAAGCGGAGUUGCUUGUCGUGAAGAGACAGACAUUGAACAGACAGAAUCCUCUUAUUCAGAUUCAUAUUAGCUCAUGCUUUGCUUAAAUAAGCUUUCAACUCAACGUACUUCAAAAAAAUUUCAUUCACUCAAUGAUUUUUUGGUUUCUUCUUGUUUUUAACAUUUCCAAUGUAAAUAAGAAAUUGUUCAUAUGUGAAAUUGUAAUUGAUGAAUAUAAAU